AUGGACCCAAUCAAGUUCAUCUUCGAAAAUCCCGCAGUAACAGGACGAGUUGUGCGGUGGCAGAUGUUGUUGACUGAAUAUGAUAUCACCUAUGUAACCCGAAAAGCUAUUAAGGGAAGUGUCAUUGCUAAGUAUCUGGUCAAUAGAGCUGUGGAAGAUUACCAGCCUAUGAAGUUUGCCUUCCCAAAUAAGGAUAUUGAUUCGAUAAGCCAAGAAGAAGAAGAAUAUGAAGGAUGGACGAUGUUAUUUGAUGGGGCGGUCAAUGUGUGGGGACAUGGAAUAGGAGCCAUACUCAUAUCACCAGAAAGAAGACAUUAUCCAAUCGUAGCCAAGCUGACUUUUCCUUGCACCAAUAACAUAGCGGAAUACGAAGCAUGUAUAUUGGGUUUACAAGCCACCAUGGACCGAGAUAUCAAAGAAUUAGUCAUGAAGGGAGACUCAGCCUUGGUCGAUCAUCAAGUGACAGGAGAAUGGGAAGCUCAGGAUUCCAAAUUGGUGUCGUAUCAAGAGUACAUUCAAGAGAUGAUCAAAGGAUUUAAUAGCAUUAGUUUAUCACACCUGCCAAUGGAAAACAAUUUAAUUCCUGAUGCCCUGGCAACCGUAGCGGCUUUGAUCAAAGUAGAACCUGGAGUAGAGAUUGAUCUGAUUCAAAUCAGAAUACAGCUUGCUCACUGUAUAGUGGUAGAAGAAGCUGAUGGAAAGCCCUGGUUCCAUGACAUUCGAACAUACAUCCAGCAAAAUGAGUACCCUAAAGGGGCAACCAGCAAUGACUAA